AUGGCUGUGCCAGAUGACCCUGCUGCUGUCUUGGAGCACUUCAUCAACGAUGUGGCAAAUCUGCCCGCGGAGAUAGCACAUCUAUACGAAGAGAUGGAGGCAAAGGAGCAACUGAUAGCGGAGUGCAAAGCUACUAUCGCGUCGCGUGAUGCCAGUCUCCAAAAGUUCAUCAAGCUUAACGGCUGCAUACCCACGAAUCCGAAAGAAGAGCUGUAUGAAAAGGUGAUCAUGGAGUCAUAUGCCAAGGCUGAGGUCUUGAUGCGCGAGAGACAAAAGCUAGCAGAGAAAGCAGAACAUCUGUUGAACCGCCAUGUCAAGAAGCUGGACACAUACUAUCGAAACAUGCAAAAUGAAGGUUCCGUAACCCUCGAUCCAAACCUCCCAUCGCUGCUACGUGACUCUCCGAACUAUACAGGCGGGGCCGACUCGUCGCUGUCAACCGGGGUCAAUACACCCCUGAACCAGCUAUCUGGAAAUACUAGUGGAGGUGCAAUAAAUGCAGCACACCAGGCAAUAAUGUCACGGAUUGCAGCUACCGCGAGCGCACGAGGGAAUUCUCCUGCUGUAGCCACGACUCCACAGGCUCACCCAGUCGGGGGGCAGCCGGCACAAGCUGUUGCAGCAGUAAAUCGCAGCGUACGAGAAUUGUCGGUCAGUAGUGAUACGAAGCGUCGCCGUCCACACGGCAGUCUGGGCGCACUUCCACCGCCAAGUUCCAACCUUGCACGGCAAUCAUCACUCGGGCCAGGAACGCCUAAAGUCAACACGCCAGGUAGUCGUCAAGGGAGCGCAGGACCUCGACCGGCGAAGAAAGGCGUGAUCCGAAAGGUACCACCAGGACAACAGCUCAGAAAAAAGAUGCACAGUGGUGGUAUCCGAGCUGGCAACAUGUCACAAAAGAAAGCACGAACUAAAGUGCCCGGGGUGAAUCGAGCUUCUCCUUCUACCACGGCGGAUGACGAGAGUGUGCUGAGUGGCGAACAGACAGAUGACGAAAAUGCUUCGGCGGGAGGCCCAGAUGAACAUGGUGCCGAAGAGAUGGAAGCAGACGAUGAGGACACGACGAAGUACUGCAUAUGUCAUAAAGUCAGCCAUGGCGACAUGGUUGCCUGUGACAACGACACGUGUCCGUAUCAAUGGUUCCAUUGGGGAUGCGUUGGAAUUACAGAGGAGCCUGCAGGCGAGUGGUAUUGCCCGUCGUGCAGUGAAACGAUGGGACCGAAGGACAAGAAAAAGACGAAGAAGAAGUAG